UGUAUAAUAACAGAUAACAUUAUUGCUUUUAAUUUAACUAUAACAAUAUUUUAACAUUAGAUUUUAACAUUGAGGAUUUGUAAAUUUUAUUCUAAGAAGUAUGUUUAUACGUCUUAUAAUAUUACGGAAACCGUUAUAAUGUAUGUUUACUUGACACUAAAAUGACUUCAUUGGUGGCCGAUUAUAGUAGUGAUUCAGAUAUAGAUUCUUCAGAUGAAAGUAAUCAAAUAAAAAUCUGUGAAAACAUUAGUACUGAGAAAGUGAUUGAUACAAGUCUUUCAGAAAACAAGCUACCACCCCCAAGAUUUAAGGAGACUGGUAUUAUUAGUGAAUCAGUUUUUAGGAAUCCAUAUCUAGAAGCAGAACGUGCUAAAAAUGCAAUCUUGGAAAAACAUGUUAAAAUGGUUCCAUCUAAAGAUAACCUUAUAAUGGUUAAUGGAAAGAGUAUUUGUUGGAUGAACAAAAAAGGUCGUUGUCGUUUUGGUAGUAAAUGCAAGUAUGCUCAUGAUUCAGAACUUGUUAAUGAAAUAAAGGUAUCUGAAAGUUCAAAAAAUAGUAAAAGCCAAGAGAAUUUUAUGAAAAAAUUAGGAAAACAAAAAAGACCUGGAUUAUCUCAAGGUUUAACACCUAGCAAAAAAGUGUUGAAAAUGUUUGAAAAAAUAGAUAAAAAACCUAGAGCUUAAUAAAUAUUAUAGUAAAUUUUUUGUUUAUAUUAUGUAUAAUUUAUUAAUACAUUUAUAAAAUAAU